AUGUCUAAUUCAUUUUGGGUACACUUUUUGAGUGAAGAAAUUACUGAAUUAAAUGUUCUUCGAAAUGCACGAGAAAUUUUACCUACAGAUUUCACUGGUUUUGAAAGAUUUAGAAGAGCUAUAGAUGACCUUUUUAUUUUAAUUCAAUCACAUACUUCCACCAUAAACCGUGUUCAAUUAUUAUAUGAAGAUGAUGAAACAAACUUGUUAAAGAAUUUUUUUGAAAGAAUUCGUGCUUUAAUGUAUUCUCAACUUCCAAUUAAUUAUAAAACAAUAAUCUAUAAUUUUUAUAGAACUGGAUUGAGGAUCAUGUAUUUCAAAGCUAAUAUGAACUAUUUUGAUGUAACAUUAGAUCAGUGCUCUGGUUGUAACUAUGAAAAAACAUAUUGCAAUUGUGAAAAUACAUUGCAAGCUUUUUGCAAAACUAAUAUGCAAUUAAGUCAUAUAGGAAUUAUGGAAACUUUGGCUGAAGAUGUUGUUAUAGAAUUAGUGUAUUCAAUAAUUGAAAAUGAAGUUGCAGUAAGAGUUACCGACAAUUUUGGUGAUAGUCUGUUACCAUUAUUAUAUCAUUGGCUGUGUAACAUUCUUUUUGACUGGAUUAAAAAGAUAUUGGACCCAGGAUGUUGUCCAACAUAUGGCCAAUGUAAAUUAAAUGCAAUUUUAAAUAAACUGAAGUAUUCUCUUUACAAAUCAUUCACGAAAAUCAGAUUCAAUCAAAUAUAUGACAUAAUUAUUAGAUUUCCAUACUCGGAACCAGCUGUUGAUGAUUUGACUGUUUCAUUGGGAAAUUCUGAUCUCAAUCCUGAACUGCGUAUAUUACUUCAGAAUAAUUUAAAAAGCAAAUUACUACAACCUAAUAUGAGCACUGUAGAUGUUCUAUAUGUUUAUACUUCAGCAAUCAGAGUAUUGAGAAAAAUAGAUCCUUCUGGAAUACUUUUAGCUGAAGUUGCUCAACUUAUACAGGACUUCUUGAAUAUAAUUACACAUAUAACAUUAAUAGUUGUGAUUGCUUUAGAUGUUCAGACUUAUAAAUUAUAA